GCCCGCGAGGCUGCCCACGUGAUUUUACGUGUUUUCCGGUAUGACGUAAAAGGCCGAGCACGGCGCUCUUUGCGUGUUUCGUGUUACUUAUCGUUACUUACAACGAAGUUGUUCAAAACUACAGUGUCUGAUUAUAAAUAUGUUGCAGUUUCUGGUGGGGUUUACCCUGGGUAAUGUAGUUGGGAUGUACCUUGCGCAGAACUACGAGGUUCCAAACAUUGCAAAGAAGAUUGAAGACUUCAAGAAGGAUGUUGAGGCCAAGAAGAAACCACCAGAAUAGUGCGAAAUGAGAAUGAGAUUGGCAGAAAACGCAUAAUAUAUUCCACAUAGAAGAGAAUGACCUGCUGUGGAAUAGUGGGAUUUACCUGGAAACCAGAAGCAUUUAAAAUAUUAGACCUUUUCAGGAGUAUAUGUAUUUAGGAACAUUAAAGACAAGGCACUAAAACAGGCUGUACACCAAUCAGUAUUCACCAGUUUGUGGACUGCUUUUUAACCCCUUUUGCAAAUGUAUAAUGAUUCACACUGCUGUUUUGGUAGGGGGAUACAUAUUAGAUUUUUUUUUUUUUUCCUUCCAAGACCUACAUGUAAUUUACACCAUUUUUUAUGUGUUACUGCCAGGUUGAGUAAUGAUGUUCAGAAUGCCUUCUACAGUUGUAUUCCAGGGGAGGUAUAUAUGUCUUAUAAUGUGUUUUUUCUAUUGUCAGCCAAAUGAUUUUAGAUAUAUAAAACAUGGUGCUGGAAGUCAAUGAUGGUGCAGAAUAAUUUGAUUUUUUCUUGAGCUGUCAUAGACCUGGUGCCUAAAUCUGAUGUCCUGUUAGUCUCUGUGCUGUACUGAAAUAUGCAUUCAGCCAGAAAAUUGGAUUUGGUGGAAAAAUAUAAUUCAGCUAUUUA